AUGGUGCACGCUCAUACCUACUGGUUGCCCGCAAGUGUGAUGAACGCCUUGAUGCCCUGGUUGCCGGAUAGCAAGGGCAGGAUGUUCAUGUGGACCUAUCCCAUACCCGAACUCGUCGAGGCCAAGCACCCCAUCGAGUUCGAGGUGCCUCGACUCGAACCCGCUCUACGCAGAAAGCGGAGAAAACUACGAGACCAUCCUCAACCUCCUCCACAGGAUCAGCACUUCCAGCCAUGGGAAAAGACCGACCUCGUCUCGACAGCCUUCCUCUCGUUCAACGUCCUCACCAUGCAGUCUCCCAAAGCGAGAUCGUUCCGCGAUCUCCUGAGAAAAUACCAGAAAUCCAGGAUCCCACCUGCUUACGAACACUUGAUCGAUUACAACUUUGUCAUGGCCUCGCCAGCCUGGCACGAUCGGGCGGCGUGGGCGGAAUUGGAGACGGAGCAAGCACAGUAUGGGGACCUGGUCAUCAUGGAUGAGAUGGAGGAGGACGAUAGCAAGAGGAUGCCGGAGAAUGGAGAUUUCGGAAAAUCGUACAGGACUUGGCAGACGUUGAUCGAGCGAGCAGAGGAUGGAAGAGGACGGAAGGCAUUAUGGUACUACAAGACCGACGAUGACGCCUAUACGAUUAUGCCGAACCUGCUCAACCAUCUUCUCUCGCUCGACUACCGAGAGCCGACCUUCACCGGGUCGACUCUGGGUUGUUCAUAUCGACCUCAUAUGUACUUUCAGGGACUGGGAUAUGCUUUGAGUUACCCAUUGAUCAAAUCGCUUGUCGAAGCGAAACUGACCUUUCCUCACACGGUGGGGUACGAAGAUCAUCUAACAGGCGCCUGGAUGCUUUCGUUGCCUCCACAUCCUAAAUGGAAGCACGUCGAUCCUGCCAAGAUCCCGGAACGUAAAGGGGUCGACAAUUUCCUCAACUAUCUACCACCCUCACCUGAACCGCUCAGCGGCCUGAUACGUGCGGACACGUACGGCAAGAGCGUCAGCUGGUUCUGGUGGUGGGUGUCCAAGACAGAGACGACCAUUACGGUUCACGGCAUGAAGACUGUCGAGGAAUGGGUGCAAGCCUGGCAGUAUUUCGAAAAGCUCUGGUUAACGCCCACCUGGGUCGGACAGCGGGCGAGAACGCCAUACGAAUGGCAACCGCCCGAGUGGAUUCAACCCUUUGCCGAGCCAGGAUUGCCCAACACCCUCAACAUCUCGACACAUUGGGAGAAAUUCCAUUCGCGCCCUAGCAAACACAAUCAAACACAUGGCUACCGACAGCAUCCGCCGCACGACUCGUAUCCUGGUGUCGGGCACGAGUUAGGCUUGCCUUAAGCUCGAUCACCCAUCUCAUCACUACUUCCCGUAUCAGACCCGUCAUGGUGGCCUUACGACCCUGUCAGCUGCGUCUGACCACGUUACGAACACGACUCACACCUGUCGUGAGAAUACGAGCAUCCAAAUAGAACAGCAUCAACCAUGUAGCAGCCGAACCUCGUCGAUAUAAUCAUACUAUAGGUCCAGCUGUCGAUCGCCGUCAACUACGUCAAUCCUUAAGAGCCUCACAAGCCGAUAUCGAAGAAAGGUCCACU